AGCAGCAGUGGGAGAAGCGAUUGGACUGCGAGCGUCUCCCAGCACUUUCUGUGGAAUUUGAAUUAUUUUGGCACUGUUCGUGAGAAAUAGGUGACAGCGUUAACCGAACAUCUUCUGGGUCGCAACGCCGAUCGCAGGGGGUUCAGCGAUGAAUAAGCUACGGCAGAGCUUCCGCCGGAAGAAAGAUGUGUACGUGCCGGAGUCGAGCCGGCCGCACCAGUGGCAGACAGACGAGGAGGCGGUCCGCAGUGGCAAAUGCAGCUUUGCCGUCAAGUACCUGGGCCACGUGGAGGUGGAGGAGUCCAGAGGCAUGCACAUCUGCGAGGACGCUGUGAAGCGACUGAAGACGGACAGGAAAUUCUUCAAGGGAUUCUUUACAAAAGCGGGGAAGAAGGCGGUGCGGGCUGUGUUGUGGGUGUCGGCAGACGGUCUGCGCGUCGUCGACGACAAAACAAAGGACCUGAUUCUGGACCAGACGAUAGAGAAGGUCUCGUUCUGCGCUCCGGACCGGAACUUCGAGCGGGCGUUCUCUUACAUCUGCAGGGACGGCACCACGCGACGCUGGAUCUGCCACUGUUUCAUGGCCAUCAAGGACUCAGGAGAGCGUCUCAGCCAUGCUGUCGGUUGUGCGUUUGCUGCCUGUCUGGAGCGAAAACAGAAACGGGAGAAGGAGUGCGGGGUCACGGCAACCUUUGAUGCCAACAGAACCACCUUCACCCGUGAGGGCUCGUUUCGUGUUACCACGGCGACAGAGGCGGCAGAGCGGGAGGAGGUGAUGAGGCAGCUACAGGAUGCUAAGAAAGCAGAGACAGAUGUGAAGGCUGCCGUUCCUGUGAGCUCGGCUACGAGCGCAACAAACUCCUCAGUCCCCCAGACAGGAGGAUCGCCGUCUCCCUCGUCCUCCCCGCCCCUCUCUGCGGCCACCCUGGGGCCCCAGGCGAUACCCCGCAGACACGCACCAGCAGAGGCCCUGGCCAGGCAGGGCUCCUUCAGAGGCUUCCCGGCCCUCAGCCAGAAGACUUCUCCCUUCAAGCGACAGUUGUCCCUGCGUAUGAACGAGUUACCUUCCACUAUGCAGCGCAAGUCUGACUUCCCUAUGAAAAACACAGAAGUUUCCUCUGGUGUUCCCCCUCCAGUCCCAGAGGUAGAAGGGGAGGUGGACAGCAUCAGUUCGCUGUGCACUCAGAUCACCACAGCGUUCAGCGGGCCCACAGAGGACCCCUUCUCCUCAGCCCCGAUGCCCAAACCAGCCUCCUCUCCACAGUCUCCUGUUGCACCAGUGAACGGCACAGCUCCCGCCUUCCCUGUUGCUGCUGCUACUGCUAACCCCCCAGCUCUGCCCCCUCCUCUGCCUGCUCGAGACACUAACCCCUGGGCCAAGAGCCCAGCGGGGGCCCCGGCUUCAGCCUCACCAGGAAGUGACUGGUCAUCCCCCACUCCGGUGAUAGUAGUUCCCCCAACGUCUUCCCCAGCCAUGCCCUCCCACAGACGCACGCCAUCAGAGGCAGAUCGGUGGUUGGAGGAGGUGUCCAAGUCUGUCCGAGCCCCGCAGCCCAAUCCCAUCAUGGCAGCAGCCACGCCCCCCACCCAGCCGUUCGCCGCCCCCAUGCCUGUGCCUGUGGCCCCUGUCGCCCCGGUGGCCUUCAUGUCCUCGCUGCCCCCUGCGGUGCCUAUGUUGCCCCCUCGCCAGCCGGCCUACCACACACAGGCUCCAGCCUCCUACCCAAUGUCCAACGGGUUGCCAUUUGCUCAGCCCAGCGUUCCUGUCGUUGGCAUCACUCCUUCACAGAUGGUCGCUAACGUGUUUGGCUCGGCCACGCAACCCCAGUCGUUCCCCAUUCCGGCCUCAACGAUACCCCAGUACGACACCCAGGCCGUGGGUAACGUCAGCCCGUUCAGUAAGCCCCCGCAGUCCACAGCUGCCAAUCCCCCUCCCCUCCAGCCAUCCAACGGUAGUGUAACCUUUAACGGGGCAGAUAGCUGGGCUGCUGCCUCCCAGCCCGCUCCGUCCUCCCCCGCCCCUCAGCUCCCCUCCCAGCAGCAGGCGGACGCCUUUGAGGCCCAGUGGGCGGCUCUGGAGAGCCGCUCACGCCAGCGCACCACGCCCUCCCCCACAAACCCCUUCUCCAGUGAGCUGCACAAGACCUUUGAGAUCCAGCUCUGAAGACUGGUGGUGUCUGGGAGUAUUUAAUUAAAAAUUACAGGACUGAAUAACAUGGAGACUUGGAUUGAGCAGGUGGAGAACAGACUGGAGAGGAGAGGGGGAUGUCCUCCUGCCUCGCUCCCUCUCUCUGCUUCAGUGGGUGAACUGAGCAGGGUGGAGAGAAACUGGGAGACAAUGAAGAGCAAUGGGUGAAUCAACAGGGGGCAGAACUCUGCACAGCAGUGCAAAAAAAAAACAAAAAACAAAAGUUGCCGUUAACCAGGGUGCAGCUCAUCAGUUAUUUCAUUAGCAUUGUCUGUGUUGUUUUGUUCCUGCUGCUGAUCAGCGUGGUCGUCAUUACCCUGUGGACUAGCGGUGCCGAGCCACACCCUGCCACCUCUCAGCUCCACCAUCUCCAACCACCUGUCCAGAGGUGGCAGCGCCUGUCCCCUGUCCGCCUCCCCUGUUUGCUUGGUCCAGCUCCUAGCGCCCCCUGUUGGCAGGAGACGAGACCUGCCUCACUUAGCAGAGGGGCUGCAGCACUGAGAGAACUAAGCUUCCAGACGAGAAGUUCUCAUUAAUAACUUCACAAUCAGAAGAAUAAAAUGAGAGAAUGCCAAAAUCUUUAUUUUUAUGCAUUAAGUAUAUUUUAACUAGCUUUGGAAUCUAACAGAGGAGUUGUAAGUAAUCUUGCCAAAGGCACAGGCUAGCUACAAUAAGAUGAGUGGAUGUGCGUGUAUACAAGAAAUUACAUAUAUAUUAUACAUAAAUAUAUAUAUCUAUCUAUAUAUAUAUAUAUAUAUCUAUAAAGAAUCUAUACUGUACACAGCUCAUGGCAGUGCUAAUUUUUAAUGUGAUGUAAAGAGAGAUGUGUGAAGGGACAGCUGCUUUACUUCUUUAUGUUUUUGUUUUUUUUUUUGUUUUUUUUUAAGAUAAAUUUCUUUAUUGCCGUCUAUUGCAUCCUGUGAUUGGAUGUGCAGCAUCUCACUGUAAAUAGGGUUUCAUUGCAGCAACAAUCAACAUGGACCCAGCAAUGGUGGUGGUGCCUGACUGGUUGCCUCUCCUACCAGUGCUCUCUCUUAAACUAUUGGUUUUUAAUAGUUUAGUACUCAUCAGUACUUAACAUUUUAAUUUCUCUGUCUUCACUGUCACUCUUCUUUUUUUUGUGAUACUUUUUUUUGUUUUUUAACACAGCUGGUAGUGUCAUCAGUUUUUUUUAAGUAGUUGAUUUCUAAACUUUAUUUUGCACAAGCACUAAAGUAGAUUAUGUGACCUCACAGGUAACUAUGAUCAGCAGCUGGUGGCUGCUGGUCGGGUUAGUCAGUCAUGGCUGCAGUAACAGAGCAGCCGUGGCCAGAAGCCGGGGUUCCCUGCCCUGGCCUCCGCUCUGACGUUUGCUCUGCUGUGCACAGCGGAAGUGUCUCAUUGUCUGGUUUCUAUCAUGUUUUUCUUUUUCUUUUUCUUUUUUUUUUUUUUUUUAAAUCAAACCUGUGAAUAUGAUCUAUUGUCUGAUCUAUUUUUUCCCAUUUUGUAAUUAUUUCAUUACUUUGUUCCACUCGUUUCCAGAGAUAUUGAAGCUAAAAGAUUUAAUAAAUUGAUGGUGGUAGAGGAAAAGAA